ACAGCAGUCAGCUAUUCCCCUCCCCUGACUUCACUUCCCUCCCCUUCUCACAGUCUUGAAAUUUCAAACCUCCGUGCCACUCCAGUGCCACAACUACCAUGACCUUCGAAACAUGGAUAAAUUGAAAACUGGAAGCAAGAAGGAUAAAGAAACAAACACUGAAACAAUAUUCCUGCGCCUCACUGGGUACAUCUCCACAGAUACAGGGGAGCCAAAGAAAAGGGAGAGUGUCUGGGCGGAAGGAAAAGAGGAGCGAGAAAAGACAGAGGCAGACUGAGUAAAAAAAACUACAACAGGAAACCAACUAAUUCUGAUGCUGUUUCUGCAAAUCCUUCUGGGAUAAAUCUCUUCAGAAGACUGCCAUUCCCAAUCCACUUUUCCAGAUAUUUCACAAUUAUAACUGACUAUGGUUUUUCCCUUCUAUUUUUGAUAGAUUGAUUUGGAAAUGUAUAAAGCACUAAAAAGCUAAAAGGAAAAGUGACGUCAACUUUAUUCUUCAGUCUCCCAAACUGUUAGUGUCGUUGGUCAAGAUGUGAGUGGAUGAAUCCUUUUUGGGCGGCUUGUAUGGUUUUUACUUUUGGGCUACAAUUUUAGCCUUUCCCAGGGUUUGUUGGAUCAAUGGUUGUAUAUUUGAGGAUUUGUUUGUUCUGAACUCCUGGACUAAAUAACUGGAUCCAGAUGAAGAAUAAAGGAGCCAAGCAGAGGUCCAAAAAGAAAGGAUGUGACAAUGCAUUUGACUGUGACUUGACAGAACAUCUACACAAUUCAGGAAAAGAUGUUCCUCAAGUUUUAAGGACAUGUGCAGAGUUCAUUGAGAAACAUGGUGUUGUGGAUGGAAUAUACAGGCUCUCGGGAGUCACCUCAAAUAUCCAGCGACUAAGACAGGAAUUUUGCUCAGAGUUGUGCCCUGACCUCACAAAGGAGGUGUACCUCCAGGACAUCCACUGUGUGGGCUCCUUGUGCAAGCUGUACUUCAGGGAGCUACCCAAUCCCCUGCUCACUUAUGAGCUUUACAAGAAAUUCACUGACGCCGUCUCAGUCCAGGAGGAUCAUGAAAGGCUACAACAUAUCCAGGACGUCAUUAAAGAGCUACCACUCCCCCACUUUAGGACUCUGGAAUAUCUUACCAAGCAUCUGGCCCACCUGGCCACCUUAAGUCCCCAGACUAACAUGCACACCCGCAACCUGGCCUUGGUAUGGGCUCCAAACCUAUUGCGCUCGAAAGAUAUUGAAAUUGCAUCCUGCAAUGGGGACAUGGCUUUCCAGGAGGUGCGGGUUCAGCAGACUGUGGUUGAGUUCAUUUUAAAUCACACUGAGCAGAUCUUCAACCACGCAGCUGCACCAAUAAAAACGAAAGCAGGACCCAGUUUGAUGUGUGGGGAGAAGUAUGCCACUCUUCCUAUCAGUGGCCAAGGUGGGCCAAUGAAGCUGAUGAGCCUAGAGGAGGCCCAGGCCCGCUCCCUGAGCCCUAACCACCCAGCACGGAAAGAACGACAACGGGACAACAGUCUACCUGACACCAGCGCGGCCACACUAUACCAUACCGUCAUAGACAUAUCGGAUACCAAAGGAAAGGUUUCUGGGAAAUCGAAGAAGUGGAAGUUCAUCUUCAACCUGGGCAAGUCUGUGACUGACUCUAGGGGAAGACUGAGUCGAAAUGGGAGCGUGUUCAUGAAAGCCCAGAACAUCACAGAAAAGGCAGCUAUCCGACCAGCGAGAAGCAUGGACUCUUUGUGCUCUCUGCAGGCAGAUGAUGACAAGGCAGGAAAUUUCAGCUCAGCAGGUGGUGCCAACGGUUUCUUUGCGCCCGGCAUAAAAUCCAGAACACUUGAAUCUGGCACGCUCCAUGAUGUCAGUGAACAGGACCAGAGGCGGGAGUUUGAGAUGAAGAGUUUGAGCGAGGCCACAGGUGGCAGCAGCCCUAAUAUGAAGAGAAGGGGCUCUCCAAGUGUCUCGCCACCACAGCAGAAGGCUCUACCCGAACAACUGAAGGUUUUCAAAGGCGAUGAUGACCUCAGCAGCUGCCAGCCCAGCUCCCCUAAGAACAGGAGGAUGCUGUGUUCUGGCUCCACCCACAGCAGUGCAUCCAGGCCCUCCUUCCCUGGAAGUCUCUUUCCAGAGUCCUCCCCCAGGCAUCAGCGCAAGGCUCUCAACAUAUCAGAGCCCUUUGCUGUGUCUGUGCCCCUGAGGGUGUCUGCAGUCAUCAGCUCCAACAGCACUCCCUGCAGGGCACAAGGGAAGGAGAGGCCUGCUGCAGCUGCUCUGAAACCAAGCAGAGAGACCUCCCAGUCAGAACAGAGUGACAGUAGUGGCAGCUCAAGUUACAGAGAGCACCCCCUUGGAGAGAGCAGUGUUGUUUGUGAGAGCAGUAUCUACAGUAACAGCAGCUCAACCCCAGUGGAAAAGGAGGAGAGACCAGCAGACAGGAGCAGAGAGGACGCAGGUUUCAAAAGGGUGACAGAAGUUUCAAGAAGUGAAGGAGAGGUGAACAAUGUUCAAGGGAAGGUGGGAGUAUCUGACCUGAGACAGUCUUCCACUCCCACCACAAGAGAGGAAGAUCAAGAGAAACUGCAAUUUCCUGGGGAACAACUGGACAACCCGCCAGCACCACAGUAUGAGCCAAAAGAACUGACACAACUGGAUUUGGGAUCUUUACCUAUCAAGGAAGAGCUGUGGUCUGACCUCCAUCUUGAGCUGAAAAUUACUGAGCCCGAGAUUGACAUAAUGGACGAGGAGAUAAUGCCUGUUUUCUGUUACACUAAGAAAACUUGUGAGGAUGUUAAGGAAAUGCCAGAUGCUCCAGCAAAAAGAAGAAGCAGCCUUCCAACUCACUCAUUAUUAUAUAAGGGACAGCCUUUGAUGCCCACCAGGCCUGCACUGACCUAUCACGGUGCUGACACUGUAGCACAUUCAGCAAGAAAGCACUCCUCAGACACACAAUUUCCAAAUGACAAAAUGUUACAUUUCACGGUUGGCACAGAUAUGAAAAAUACACCUCUACAAGCUGCUGAUUCAACACAUAAAACAAAAAACAAACUACACACUUCCUCAAAAUCUAAGCUCCCAGAAACCGAUAAACCCACUUUCGUCAAGCCACGGCCUGUGGUUACUCACCUCGCAGAGCCAAGUUUACAUUCUACUCAACAAAGCCAGGUCACAAAAAGUUUGCAGCCAGGGGAUGUCGUAGCAGACAUAGGCACGUCUGUAGCAGAGAAAGGAAAAGAGCAAUCGGGGAAAAGUAAAAGUCAAGAUGGGGUCAAAGGGGUUUUCCAUGACAAUGGAAAGAAUGCUUUGUCAGUUGUCAUGGGAGGCAUUGAGAGGCUUUCAAUAUGUUUGGAAGAAAGACCCCACCACACCUUGGGGCUACCACACCAAGACGAUGAGGAUGGAUGUGGAGGACACUCCGAGUUGGAGGACUUGGAGGAGGAACCUUGGGAGGAGGUCUUCCGCUUCACCAAACAGUGGGUGACCAGUCCUCUCCAUUCACCCACCCUUAAGGAUCUGUUUGGAAAACUAGAUGUGUCAUCGUCUUGUUCUGCAGGAGAAGGUUUGAGCUCCAAAGAACUAAACAUUCCUCCUCUAUCUAGAGAUGACAAAUCAACAAAUGGAUCAUGUCCUUUUACGAGCAUAGAAGUGUUCCCAGGAAAGAGGUCCCAGGCAUGCAGCAGCAAAACAGAGACCAAAAUCACACAUCUACUUCCCUUACCCUCCAAAACCACCCUGGUUGGUGAUGAUGCAAUGAGAACACAAAGAGGAAACAGCUGCACAGCCAAACAGAAAAACACCUCCUCUUCCCAGAGGUUUCACAGACAGAUGUCUUCUGAAGCAUCUCAUUCAGGAAAAAUAGAACAGAACAGCUUUUCCAAACACAGGCCCUACUCACUCAAUUUGGAUUUAGGACAUCGACGCAUCAGAGACAUUUCCAAUCAGCAAAACCUUGAAUCAGCUGAGUUGUCCUCCAUUCAGAGAGGGGCAGUGACACUGUCUGAGACCAAAUCCAACGGCCUGUCCCAGGAACUGGAGCUGUUCCUGAGCCAUCGACAGGCCCCUGUGCGCCGGAACUCGGCCCCCGUCAGUGUGUCGUCUGUCAGGACGGCCUUCAUGGUAAAAACGUGUCAGGCCAAAGCCGUGCCUGUCAUCCCCCCCAAGGUGCAGUACAGCCACAUACCUCAUCCCAGGCAAGACAAGGGCUCUGGUGCAGGAAAGGGACCAGAGAAAGAAUUCACAAAAACCAGGGGAGAUAAACUAGAUCCUGUACCUCUUCUUCCCUCUAUGAGGGAUCUGAAGGAGGAGUUGGAGAAUAAGGAGCCAGUGCCCAAAUCCCAGAUAAGGCAGCCUAUUGCAGAGAAAUCUACAGAGACUAAUAAAACUACACCUACUUCAGACCCACCGGUGCUAAGAAGGAAACGCUCCUCCAAUGCAGAGGCCUUUUCUGAUUGUCCAAGACCUGAAAGGUCUACGGUUCUACAAAGGCCAUCCUUUAGGAACCGCCAGAGACCACAGAGCCUCAUCUUGUUCAGUCCACCCUUUCCCAUCAUGGAUCACCCACCACUGGGGGAUGAUGCCAAGCUCAUCCUCUUGCCCAUCAGACGUCCAACUGAAACAUCAGCACUUGAUGUAUUUUCCAAAGAGAUGGCAGAGAACCUCAGGACCCCAGAGGGGGUGACACUGCAGAACAAAAUGACAAUACCCAAGAGUGGACAGAGACUGGAGACCUCGACCAGCUGCUUUUAUCAGCCACAGAGGAGGUCCAUGAUAUUUGACAGCAGAAACCACAGGCAAAUUGAAUGAGACACCGGACAGUUUAACCUCCGACUAUGUUUCUCAACACUACUCUGGUUAUCCUCCUUUUCAUCCACCCUGUUCUUGGACUUAUGUACAUGAUUUGAACAAUACUAGGUCUAUAAAUCUACCUUUUGAUAUGAAACUAUUUGGGGAAAUGAACCGUUUCUUUGUUUCCAAUGCUCCACCAAUCACCUCUCUAUCCUGCACUAAAAGAAGUCAUCUGGACUCGUGGUAUGUGAAGAUGUGUGUCUUUCCUUCAGCCCAAAUCACAUGCAGUAAUUAUCAAUAUUUAAAUGAUAUUUUUUACAUCAAAUGUUAGACAUAUUUUGUAAUGUGCAUAUGAAGGAAAGACAGCCAAAAAGAGGAAAAUGUUACAUCAACCCAUAUUGCCAUUGGUAUUUCAGAAAAGCCAUGUACCGGUAGUUUAUUUGUUUACAUCUCGUCAUUAGCAAUCACAAGAUUGCCUUUUGGUAAAGAGAGUUGUGCCUUCAGUACUAGCUAGCUACUUUGUAAUUAGUUAUACCUUAUGUCUUAAAUAUGUUGCGAACUGAAUAAUGACUUCAUAUAGUAUGAACCUGCUGACGUCCAGCUAUUGUCACUGUGAUCAGCUUUUAUCCUAACAAGUAUCAGGGUAGUGUUUUUCAACAGUCUGAAAUGAGAACUGCAGAAAACUGCUCUUUUAGUUUUAAUUGUAUUAUGGACACUAAUAGUAUUUAUUUAUCCAAUUAUUAAUCUGUAGAUGGUCAUUAACACACUUGACCAAUUUUUUGUUCUUUUGUUGUUGUUACUUUUAAGAUGGACAGUGUGUUCUCUUUAUAGGUUUGUAAAGUCAUGUUUUGGUAAAGUCCGAUGUUCUUUUAGACUGAGGAGGACAGAUGACAGAAAUACCUAAAGUAAAGUGUCUGAUGUGAUAACUUUAUCUUAAAAACAAAGCUUUGCUGAGAAAUGUUUUGAGUUAUAAUCCAAAAGGAGUUGAGGGAAAUGGAUGUGCUGGCACUUAUAAUGGUGUAGAUUGUGAAAAAGAGGACUCAAACACUAUGCAUUAAAUGUUGUGAAGAUUUAAAAAGAUAUCAGAACAGGGAUUCUGGUUGUUUGCAGCUGGGUUGACAUAAUACUACACUUGUAACCUGUACAAUUUUGUUUUGAGCAAAAUUGAAUGUAUUAUGUAUAGCAACAAAAAAAUGAACAGUACAGAUUAUUGUAUGGGACAAUUUCCAAACUUUUUUGAGAAAGGUCAUUUGAAAAAUAAAAUUGUAUUUAGUACA